ACCGACCGCUACCGUGUCAGUCAGUCAGUCAGUCAGAAGCUACUUUCCCAUUGAGGAAUACUAGUUGCCUUAAACGUAUGUUUUAUUCAACUGCAGGUUUGGCUAUUUUUUGUCCUUGGACACGAGAGGAAAGAAGAUCUUCACAUCAACAGCACAGAUUGCACCUCAGCUGUUGAGACAUCAACUCUAUUUCCAAUCCCAAUGCCAGGCACCUCAUGGUAUCGCCAUGUGGAAAGUAAUCUAGUCUUGCAUUUCCUGCCACUUCAUGUCUGAGGACAGCGACCCAAAGCUCUAUCGGUUCUCCACUCUGGACGGCUGCGAACAGAACCGCGAAGAUCAAGGCCCCCGGCGUGGCUCUAUGAGCAAACUCCACCGCAUGGCCAGCAGCUACAGCGAGGGUUGCGGCCGGCAGGACCGGGUGGAACUACAACCCGAGCUGGGACUGGCGUCCGAGGGCAGCGACAGCAGCCAUGAGCACCAAGCGUCUCUCGGCUCCCCGCGCAACGACAGGAUGCGUCAGCGCAUGCCUCUCCACGAGGACGUAGAGAUGGGCGGCAGCGGCUCGAGUGGCAGCGGGACAGAAUCCCACGGCAACGAAUCGCACGGCAAUGAGUCCCACGGCAACGAGUCAGUGGGCAGUUCGAAUGGCAACGUGAAGGAUUCUGCUCUGGAGUCGUCAGUGAGCAACAAGAGCUCCAACUCCCAUAGUCCUUCACCCCCGAGCAGCUCCAACGCCUUCAGCCUGAUGAGCUCUGAGCAGGACAACCCUUCAACCAGCGGCUGCAGCAGCGAGCAGUCGGCCAAAGCCAAGACUCAGAAGGAGCUCUUCAAGACUCUCAAGGAGCUCAAGAUGCACCUGCCUCCAGAAAAGAGGAGUAAGGGCAAAUCCAACACUGUGAACACGCUCAAAUAUGCGCUGCGGUGUAUCAAACAGGUGAAAGCUAAUGAGGAAUACUACCAGAUGCUGAUGAUUAAUGACAGUCAGCCUCCUGGCUUUGACGUGACUUCGUACACCAUUGAAGAAAUUAACACAAUCACUUCAGAAUACACCCUGAAAAACACAGACAUUUUUGCCGUAGCGGUGUCCCUCAUCACCGGGAAGAUAGUUUACAUCUCCGACCAGGCCGCCUCCAUACUGAACUGCAAGCGGGAAGUUUUCCACAACGCCAAGUUUGUGGAGUUCCUGACGCCUCAGGACGUCAGCGUGUUCUACAGCUUCACCACGCCGUACCGCCUGCCCUCGUGGAGCAUGUGCACCGGCGCAGAGUCGUCUCCCACGGAGUGCAUGCAGGAGAAAUCCUUCUUCUGCCGCAUCAGUGGUGGGAAGGAGCGUGAGGGGGAUCUGCAGUACUAUCCUUUCCGGAUGACUCCUUACCUCAUGAAGGUUCAAGACGCUGAGCUGUCUGAAGAGCAGUUCUGCUGCCUCCUGCUGGCUGAGAGGGUGCACUCUGGAUAUGAAGCUCCCAGAAUUCCUCCAGACAAACGGAUUUUUACCACCACACACACUCCUAACUGUGUGUUCCAGGAUGUCGAUGAGAGGGCAGUGCCUCUGCUGGGAUACCUCCCCCAAGACCUGAUCGGGACGCCCAUUCUGCUCAACAUGCACCCAAGUGACCGGCCUUUAAUGCUGGCUGUGCAUCGCAAAAUUCUGCAGUGCGCCGGUCAACCGUUCGAUCAUUCCUCGAUCCGUUUCUGUGCGAGAAACGGCGAGUAUAUCACCAUUGACACCAGCUGGUCCAGCUUUGUGAAUCCCUGGAGCCGCAAGGUGUCUUUUGUCAUCGGGAGGCACAAAGUGCGCAUGGGGCCAGUAAAUGAAGAUGUUUUCGCAGCACCAGCUUUCCAUGGAGGGAAAAUGAUGGAUUCAGACAUCCAGGAAAUUAGCGAGCAGAUCCACAGACUGCUGCUCCAACCGGUCCACAACAUGGGCUCCAGCGGCUAUGGCAGCUACGGCAGCAAUGGUUCCCAUGAGCAGCAGGUGAGCAUCAGCUCAUCCAGCGAAAGCAAUGGGAACAUCCCAGUAGGGAACACGGCGGAGGAGACGAGCAAGACCAAGCCGUCCAGGACCUUCCAGGAAAUUUGUAAGGGAGUCCACAUGCUGAAGAAUCAGGACUCUCAGGUCUGCAUGCGCUCCUCAUCGGUGUGGCAGCCCAAAACCGAGCAGAGGAAGACCGGUGACGGGUCGUCUGCAGCCCAGAGGAGUUCAGGUGUGCGUGUACGGGACUCCGCCCCCCACUCACAGGUCAGAGACAACACUGGAGCCAACAUGGACGACUUCACCUACAAAGACCAGACUGUGUGCUCCUAUCAGCAGAUCAGCUGCCUUGACAGCGUCAUUAGGUAUCUGGAGAGUUGUAACGUCCCCAUCACAGUGAAAAGGAAGUACCAGUUCUCAUCCAACACCACGUCGUCCAACUCAGAUGAUGACAAGAAGGGGUCAGAAGAUGGUAUACAAGUGCCUCAGGGGACACACCCAGAUCCUUUGCUGCUCGACACCCAGCCAGGCCUGCCAAACAUGAAAGCACCUAAGAAGCCACCAACUGGGGCAGCUACUGUGGUGGGGGGCACCCUAGCGCCCCUCACUCUGCCCAGUAAGGCUGAAAGUGUUGUCUCCAUCACCUCACAGUGCAGCUACAGCAGCACCAUUGUUCAUGUGGGAGACAAGAAGCCUCAACCAGAGUCUGAGAUCAUCGAAGAUGUUACAGAGAGCCCAGCUCCCCCCGCUGUGCCGGUCAGUAUGGUGUCUCCACCCAGCCAGGAGAAGGAGGCCUACAAGAGGCUGGGGCUCACGAAGGAGGUGCUAGCAGCCCACACCCAGAAGGAGGAGCAGGCUUUCCUGAACCGCUGCCGAGAGCUCCGCAACGCCAGGAGCUUCCAGAAGGAAUGUUCCUCAUGUCUGCACAACCAGAGAGGCCCAGCUAACGUUGAAGAUUCAGCUGGUCAACAGGGAGUUGCCAAACAAGGCCCAACCCGGCCAGAGACAACCACCAAGAAAGGCAACCGCAACAGGAAGUCUAAGAAACCGCGGAUGAAACAUCCCGACUCAUCUGACAGCGCUGUGUCCAAUCGCAAACCCCGGCCCCCUCUUCAGGGUCUCAACCAGACGUCUUGGUCCCCGUCUGAAGCGUCCCAGUCAGCUUUUAACGUCUCCUACCCCACCAUGGUGCCUGCAUAUCCGCUGUACCCCCCAACGCCUGCCGCGCCAGCUCAGGGGUCCCGCCCCGAUGCGUCUCAGUCCUCUGCCUUUGGUGAGGGGCAGAACGCCCAAGUCCCCCCCACCAGCACUCCGUUCCCCCCUCCGAUUGUUACACCGGUGGUGGCUCUGGUGCUGCCCAACUACCUUAUCCCCCAUAUGGGACAGUUGAAUCAGAUGAGCCAGCUCUGCGCCGCGCCCAGACCAACGUUUUUCACAGAGCAGACCCAGCCCCCACCGACUUACCCUACCCAGCAGGCCUUUCAGACGCCACCGGCAGCGUACCCGAUGCAGACCCAGCUCUCCUUCACCCCCCAGCAGCCGUUCCCAGUGCAGACUGCCUUUUCCCCCCAGCACCCGUUUCAAGCUGCACAGGCCCCCUACACUACUCAGCAGCCGUUCCCGGCUCCCCAGACUGCCUACACUACCCAGCAGCCCUUCACCGCCCAGUCUUCUUUCCCAGUGCAGACACCCUUUGUGGCUCAAGCCCCCUACCCAGCUCAGCCUUUCCCCUACACCAUAGCCUCCGAGCCCCCCAAAGCUCUUACAGCAGAGCCCAAAGAGGGGGCGGCUUCUCGCUCCUCCACCCCUGCCUCAGGGGCCCCAGAGCCCACCACCUCCCCGCCCCUGUUUGAGUCGCGCUGCAGCUCCCCGCUGCAGCUCAACCUGCUGAGCAUGGAGGAGGGGCAGCGCUCACUGGAGCGCCAGGACAGCACCGUAGCCCAGUUUGGGGGUCCAGGCAGUGGGGCAGCAGUUGGGUCGGGGGCAACAGGAGACAAGAGUGGAGCUGCAACCAAGACUGAUAAUCACCAACAGCUGGAACCCAGAGACAGCGGGGCUCACAGCGACGGCAACUCCUCGUCCUGUGACCUUCUGGACAUCCUGUUACAGGAGCAGGAGGACGCUCACUCUGGCACUGGGUCAGCCACCUCAGGUUCCAUGGGCUCAGGUCUGGGUUCAGGUUCCGCAUCAGGCUCCGGAUCCAACGACUGUCAGACCUCAGCUAGCGGAGCAUCUGGCAGCAGAACAGGAAGCAGCAACACCAGCAAGUACUUUGGUAGCAUCGACUCUCUGGAGCAUGACCCGAAAGGAAAAGGCAAGAUGAGGAACGAAGGCGGAUCGGAGAGCAGCAAGUCUGCUCAGGGGGAAGGGGAACAUUUAAUCAAAUACGUUCUGCAGGAGCCUCUUUGGUUGCUCAUGGCCAACGCUGACGACAAGGUCAUGAUGACGUAUCAAAUGCCAUCCAGGGACAUUCAGAGGGUGCUGAGGGAAGACAAGGAGAGGCUGCGGCAGAUGCAGAAAAGUCAGCCUCACUUCACCUCAGAGCAGCGGCGGGAGCUGGUGGAGGAGCAUCCCUGGAUGAGGAGAGGAGGCCUCCCCGCUGCUAUCAAUGUGAAGGAAUGUGUGUACUGUGAGGACCCUGCUCAGGACGCUGCACCCCUAGAGGAGGAUCUACCCGACAUGGACAUGGGCGAACUGGGCGAGGAUCUGGGCAGAGACACCCAGAAAGGCCAGAGCCAAUCAGAGGAGACCAAACCUCAGCCGGACUCUGGCUUCUGAGGGGCCAAUGAGGGGCGGGCCACAAUGGUUCAUGGACCUUUUUAGGCAUAUACACACAUUCUGGACGUGCCUAAAACAUACACACACAACAAAAAGAAGAGCUCAAUGUGGCCACUGUGAUUCUCAAAGAGGUGUGCCAGUUGUGUGUGUGUGUAUGUGUGUGUGAAUGUUGGACCGAGCACAACUGCAGUUCCUAAUUCCCCCACAUGGGGGGGGUAGUGGAGUUUUAUAAGAGUUUUGUAGCUGGGACCUACCUAUAGUAUUUUUUUGUUUCACACACACACACAAACUCACGCCCUCUAAAAAAAAAUCUCCUGUCUCAUUUUUUAUUGAACCAUUUUUCUGUCUUUUGUCAAACACAGGGCAUUUAUUCUGAUACAGGUGAAACGGAUGCUUAGUAAUAUAUAAAAUUUUUAAAGAUGUUAUUUUUACAAAACAAAAAAAAAGUGACUAAAAAAAAAUAAAUCCUGUGAAGCUCCACAGCAUUCCUGUUACGAUGCUGUGCUGCUCCACGUCCUGUUUGCACUUUCUUUCAAACCCUCUCCCAUCAGGAUUUACGAGAAACAGUCGACCUUCGUUGGGUUUUGUGAGCUGCGAGUAUCCCAGUUGUGUGUCAUGAAUAAAUUAAGAUUUUUCUACAACC